UGCUACUACUAUUACUACUACAACAACAGCUGCGCCAGAUGGCUGUAUAGGAGACGGAAGUAUUGCUGCUGCUUUUUAACUUGAAGCUUUAAUAUCUUGAGAAAAUGCCGGCUGUCCAUAUGUGCCUAAUUUUUAUUUUUUUAGCGAUUGUAAAUUGGGGCUUCUCGGAAGAUUUAAAGUUGAAACACAAACCUGCAGAGACCAAGCCAGUUAGGUUAUUCACAGACGAAGACUUGGCAAAAUACAAUGGACAACAGGAAGACCAUCCUAUUUACAUGGCAGUGAAAGGAGUGGUGUUUGAUGUUUCUACAGGAAAAGAAUUCUAUGGAAAAGGUGCACCUUAUAAUGCCUUGACUGGGAAGGACUGCACAAAAGCUGUGGCCAAAAUGUCUCUUGAUCCAGAGGACCUCACUUACGACACUGCUGGGCUCACAGAAGAACAGCUGCAGUCACUUGAAAGCAUUUUCCAGGACGUGUACAAAGCUAAGUACCCAAUUGUGGGCUACACAGCCAGACGCAUUCUUAAUGAAGAUGGCAGCCCAAAUAAGGACUUCAGGCCGGAAGAUCAGCCAAAUUUCAAGAUCAAAGAUGAAUUUUGAAAAAAAGAAGAGGCGUUGACCUCUUUUUAUUCACUUUUCUAUUCUUUUGUAUUAUUUGCUGUGCAUGUCCUGACUAGCUACUAGUUACUCUUCUAGUAAUAUACUUUUGCUGUGCCGCCAUUCACUGAUGGAGACUCUUAUUCAUAAUGGUGCUAGGUUAAGAACAAAUUUUACUUUUUAAGACUCUGUCCUUUACAUCGUUUAUAGUAUUUUCCAGUCUAUUCAUAUCUGAGUGUACACAAUGUUUCGGAUCACUCUUUCGUUGCUUUAAAAAAAUAGCUAAACAAAACUUUGGACCAGCAAUAGGAGAAGGUAAAACUACGGAGAAGUGAUUUAGAACUGAGACCCAGGAGAUACUAAAAUUUGUCGGAGUCAGGAAUGUGCUAGUCAGCCAUGUUGUUGAAAUGGAUACUCUGGGUUCUUUCAGGAAGUGGCUGGUUGAGAUCCUUGGAGCGUUUAUCUACUGGAAACCAAGGAAGCAAAAUGUACCUAAUGGCACCUUCUAAUUUGUAACCUUCCUUAUGCUAUUAUUUUAUUUAAAUUGCUUGUUUCUGAUUAACAACUACUAGUUAUUGACACAUUGUCUCCCUUCACCUCUAGGAAAGUAAGCAACCUGAUCAGUAAGUAUAGAGAGGGGAGGACUUCCUAAGAAAACCAUGUUGUUACCAUGAUUGACCAAUAAGUGGUGUUCUUUCCUAUGCUCCAAAAUGUCAAACCAAUGUAACCUAAGCCCAGUAUAGUGAAAGAGGAUACUGUGCUGUAGAACAUGCCAUCAUUCAAAUCGGAUGUUAAGGGUUGGGACUACUUUGCCAUCAAAAUCCCAAGGCUUAAAUUGUAAAAGUAGAUGUUUUAACCCCGUUUGUGUGUCCUAGCUAAUUUCUGCUCUGGUUCCGUACAAUCUGACCUUCUGAUGGUUCUUACUUUAAAAUUUAAUAAAAUUCACAUUGUCCUAAUUAUUCUUCGAUUAAUUUUUGCACUGGGGUAAUUUGUUAGAGGUGCUUUGAGAAGUGUGUUAAAAAAAGUUAAAAUAUGACUGCCAUUGUGCUAAGAAAUUGAUUUUGUAGUAUAGUUUUGGGGGGGGGGGGGCAUCAAUGUUUUUUUUCAUUGGUAAAAAGCUGCAGAAUUUUGUAAAAGAAUAGCACAUACUCUGAACAUUACUGUUCAAGAAUGUAUCAUUAUCUUUAGCGCCCUGAAGGUUAAUCAAGGAGUUUCUAUGUAAAAUCAUAGCACAGUGAUGCCUUAAUCCAUCUGUCUGACUGGCUUUUCACUGUUUUUAAGGAUUCAGUUUUUAUUAGUGUGAAAGAUCUUACCUCUUGCUGAUGAUUGUAGUCUUGUUUAUGGAAAUUCUGUAACCCCUUCUGUGGUUAUGUGAAAAUAAAUUAAUAACAAAGUGGAACAAA